GUAUGAUAAAUGGUCUCUACCGACCUCUUCUUGAGCUCGUAGCAUAGAAACCGGUCUUGAGUUAACUGGUGUCAGUAAACGAGAAUACUACUAUUUGCGAACAUGUCUCUCCCUAAAACCACCAAUCUCUGGACGGUGCAUGGCAGUGCCCCAGGAGCUGGAACUGGCGCAUUGAAGUGGAAGAAUGACCAGAACAUCCCCGAACUCCAUCCUAGCGAAGUAUUGGUGAAGUUGCGUGCUGGAUCGUUGAACUAUCGUGAUAUUGUCAUUUGCCAAGGCAUCUAUCCCCGCAAAUUGAUCGAAGGCGUUGUUCCCGGUAGUGAUGGGGCUGGAGAGGUUGUUGCUGUUGGGUCCGCGGUCUCGCGCUUCAAAAAGGGGGACAGUGUUGUGACCACAUUCUAUCAGGACUUUUUCGGAGGACCAGCUCCGACAGAGACCAAUGCAGAGAGGGCCCUAGGAGGCUCCGCCCAUGGUACCUUUCGUCAAUAUGCCAAUCUCAACUAUCUUGAGGGUGCGACACUCUCAUGCGCCGGUCUCACGGCGUGGAACAGCUUGAACGGCCUACAAUACCUCAAGCCUGGAGACUGUAUCCUGACCCAAGGCACAGGCGGCGUUUCCCUGUUUGCAAUUCAGUUUGCGUUGGCGACCGGCGCCACUGUUAUUGCCACCACCUCCUCGAAUACUAAAGCUGAGAAGUUGAAGGCCCUUGGUGUCCAUCACAUCAUUAACUAUCGGGAGGAGCCGAACUGGGGUGCGAAGGCAAAGGAGCUCUCUCCGAAAGGGCUUGGUUGCCAGCGGAUCAUCGAAGUUGGUGGGCCGAAGACAAUUAAGCAGUCAUUGCAAGCGGUAGCACCUGGUGGUCACAUUGCCAUCAUUGGAUUUCUGACAGGCUUUGAAAAAGAUGAAGAUCACCCUUCAUUCCUAGAGCCAUUCUCCCGUAUGUGUAUAGUGCGGGGUAUUGAAGUUGGCAAUCGGACCCAGUUCGAAGAAAUGAUCAGGGCUAUUGAGGCUAACGACAUUCAUCCUGUCAUUGAUCCUACCGUAUUCCCACUUGAGGACCUUCCAUCGGCCUUCCAGUAUCAGUACGAUCAGAAGCACACAGGUAAGGUUGUCAUCAGCAUUGGGUGAAGCGCUGGCGAGUAUAUCGCUCUUGGGAAG